AUGUGCAAGGGUCUCAAGUUUCUCCUCCUUGUAUCCGCUUUAUCGAUCACUGCGAAACUGCCCGAAUUCAAAGAUAUUGUUCGGCAACGAAAAGAAGGCAAUAACAUUGCUCAGUGUCCCUGCGUGAUCCAUCCAGAAAGCGGUCGCUGCUUUGUCUACAACCCAAUGUAUCAAGCCGUCAACGUCGAGGAGGCCAUGUUCACCUUUCCAGACUUGACAAUGCACGUCUACCCUGAAAAAGUUGGGGAUGUUGCAUCGUACACUUGCACAACCACAGAGUGUCAGCAGUGCUUCAGCCUGCUGUACUAUCAGCUACUAGACAAUGGUUUAAUUGAGAAAACUUUCAAGCCUGCAACUCGUCCUCUUGAACGGAAUGCCCUCCGACCAACGCUUUGUCCUCGAUAUACCUUUCUGAGGGAACCAAAAAUUCCUCCAGCACCAAAAAAUGUGCCUCCAUAUGUCAAAACUAUGAUACAGCAUGGCCUACAGAUCAUUAAGAAAGCCUUGCCACAGGUAAUGUUUGCUUUUUUUUUCUUGUUUCACUCAACACUUUUACCGUUUUCACUAUUCCGUAGGAAUACUCUUCUUUAUUACUUUGUUUUCCACCAGCUUUCAGAUACAGUGGCUUUCAAAACUUAUCCACGGAUUGCCCCAUAAAA